AUGUCAAGUUCAUUUUUUGCCCAAAUAACUACCCUUCCACUUGAACUUGAUGAAAAAACAAGACUUCGCAAGUAUUUCACAGAUCACGAUGAAACUAAAGCAAACCAAAUUCUUUUUUCUAUCACAAGUAAAAAUGAAAGAAUUGACUAUUUGAGAACUUUCUUGGAGCCUGAAGAGAAAAAAAGGAAAGACAGUGAACAGAG